UAGGAGAGAAGCAACUUCCCUGGCUCCCCCUGCUCCCUGGGACUGCCAGAGGUGAAGGUGACAGGUGGGGGAGGCAGGUGGAGAUUUGGGCCCGUGAGCUCAUGGAAAAGGCACCUGGCAGGCAGAGUGGGUGCUUGGCCUAUAAAGCCCCCACGCCCUGUGGCCUGCAGAGGCAGUUGUGGACGGCACCAUGGAGGGCUCCGAGGCGGUGCAGAGGGCCACCGAGCUCAUCGAGCAGCGGCUUGCGCAGGAGGAGGAGAGCGAGAAACUUCGAGGAGCCACCCCAGGGAAGCUGCCUAUGGACCUGCUGGUACUGGAGGAUGAGAAGCGCCAUGGGGUGCAGAAUUCUGCUUUACAAAAGGUUAAGGGCCAAGAGCGUGUGCGCAAGACGUCUCUGGAUCUGCGGCGCGAGAUCAUCGACGUGGGCGGCAUCCAGAACCUCAUCGAACUGCGGAAAAAACGCAAGCAGAAGAAGCGAGAAGCCCUGGCCGCCUCCCAGGAGCCGCCUCCAGAACCCGAGGAGAUCACCGGCCCUGUGGACGAAGAGACAUUCCUGAAAGCUGCUGUGGAGGGGAAAAUGAAGGUCAUUGAUAAGUUCCUGGCUGAUGGGGGCUCAGCUGACACCUGUGAUGAGUUUCGCCGAACAGCACUGCACCGAGCCUCCCUGGAGGGCCAUAUGGAGAUCCUGGAGAAGCUUCUGGAGAGUGGGGCCACUGUGGACUUCCAAGACCGGCUGGACUGCACGGCCAUGCAUUGGGCCUGCCGCGGAGGGCACCUGGAGGUGGUGAAACUCCUACAAAGCCGAGGAGCGAAUACCAACGUGAGGGAUAAGCUGCUGAGCACUCCCCUGCACGUGGCAGUCCGCACGGGGCACGUGGAGAUUGUGGAACACUUCCUGACCCUGGGCUUGGACAUCAACGCCAAAGACAGAGAAGGGGACAGUGCCCUGCACGAUGCUGUGAGACUCAAUCGCUACAAAAUCAUCAAACUGCUGCUCCUGCAUGGUGCUGAUAUGCUGACCAAGAACCUGGCGGGAAAGACCCCCACGGACCUGGUGCAGCUGUGGCAGGCUGACACCCGCCACGCCCUGGAGCAUCCCGAGCUGGGAUCAGAACAGAAUGGGCUGGAGGGGCCUGGCAGUGGUCGACAGACUCCUCAGCCUGUGCCAGCCCAGUAAACUGCCCGCUCUAGCCAGCCCAGCAGCUGACCCACGCACAUCAGGCACAGAAAAGCCUUCAGAGCUGAGGACGCGCCACCCCUCGGUGCGCUUCGGGAGCAGUCACA